AUGGUCACCACUUUUGUCGUACUGGGUGUUGUACUUCUAGCUGUGCCUCUCGCUGUCGCAAUCUUCAUAAUAGCAACCAAGCUCAGGCAAAAGAAGAGGGUAGAGGUCAUGAAAAAUGCCGUCACAACGUCGACAACAGUCCAAAAAGGACCAAACGGUCGAACAGUCUUCGAGACCAAGGCUACACGACCCUCACCAACACGAAAUCGAUUCAGUAAACAAACAGUUCCGGCAAGUCCAACUCUUCCGUUCACACAGCAGCAGGCUGCUAGACCUCCGAGACCUGCAAGGCCCGCCUCGAUCAAAGGCGCGUGGCAGCGUCUAUCCCGCCCCUUUUCCAUGGCAGCUGAACCUCAAGAAGACCAAAUCGAGCUUACCAAACCAAUGCCAAAACCACACGGGUCAAGAUUUCAGGAACAUACCAAGACUGUAUACGAUGGUCCUGUGAGCCCAAUCACUGGCCCUGAAAUUGCAAGAUCAGGCUCGAGCACUUCUUGGAACACUGUGGACAACCUCUCCAGCAGUCCGGUUAGCCCGCUCAGCGUGACAGGCAUGCGCAACACGACAUAUCAGCGCAAUGGCGGCUUCCACGACAUCCCAUUGACUCCUCCCACCCACUCCAAGAGCGUCAGCAAAGGCAAGGCACGCAAGAAGUCCGUGCAUGGUAUCGACCUUGGAGUUGCGAGAGGCUUUAUGCCACCAAAUGUGCACAACAAGCAGGACGCGAAAGAUUUCGCAAAACAGCAGGGGAAGGAGAUGGCCAAGCAGGCAGGACACUAUGCGGCAGCUCAGAUCAAGCAGAACAUUGUGGAUGCGAACAAGAAAAAGGUUGGUAAGGUGCAAUUGACGCAGCCACCUAAGGCAAAGACUUCCAAGGUAAGGCAAGAUGGUUGGAUAUAA